CGACGUUGGAGCAGCGCGCCAAGACGGGCAACAGCACACUAAAGCGUAUCUUUAGUACGUCGACGUUGUCUAUGUGCUGUGCAAAAUGUUGAGCGAUUGGAAUCAGACAACAUUACGAGGAACACGAGGAAAAAAAUGAAGGAUAUGCGUGAUGAAGAAGUCCCCGCUCCAUCUCCACGGAUGGUUAUCGUCACCUCCCGUCUAACCAGGCCUUGUUUGAAAAUCCCGGCAAGUACCUGAUGCGACCCCGUCUUUUCGAACUUGAUUGCAUGAAUAAUUCGUUUUUAAUCAACCUGAAAUUGAAAUUGAAACAAUCUACCUAAAACAAAGAACCGCAACAACAAUAAUAUUCAGGAAAUUCAUUGGUAGAGAGUUUUUGGUUUUUGAUGUUUUUGGUACUACCUAGGUAGUUGAAUUUGAAAGCAGUUCUCAUAUUUUUUAUCCCUAGUUUACGUAGAAGUCCUUCUGCUUCUUCAAGAAAUAAGAGAAGAGGAACAUUUUUUUGGUCUUCAUGAAUACCUAGAGAAAAGAAGUCUUAUAAGCAUCAAGUUGUAAUUCAUUGGUUUUGAUAAGCACGCUGUCACUGACUAUUUUAAGAAAGAGGCUGAUUCCCAGACUCUAACGAAGACCCCAUCCUCCACUUACUUUAUUUCUAGAGCAGCGACCUUUUCGUUUUCCUUUAAACUCAGCAAAAAUGGGCGCCAAACAAUCAAAGUCCUUGAUGGACACCAUUAUUGAGGUGAAGUUGACAAAGAAGCGAUUAGAGGCAGCCCAGAAAAAAGCUGAAAAACAAGCAGCUUUGGAGAAACAGAAGGUGAGCACUAAUAUUUUUGGACUCAAACCUAAACUACCCGAGUCGAAAAAUAUCAGAUACUCAACAAGCUAACCUUUUCCAUUAAUAUUUCACCAAACAAGACGAUCGAACCACAUAAACUACACCAUCCAACAAAUUGAUUCCCCAACAAGAACCUACAGCACAAACACAAUCUUCAUUCCUGCUCAGGUCCUAAAAGCAAUUGAGCAGGGAAAUGUGGACGGUGCACGAGUCUACGCCGAGAAUGCGAUAAGGAAAAAGAGCGAGGGUCUACAAAUGCUCAGACUGGCAGCAAGAAUGGAUGCUGUAGCAUCUAAACUGGAUACAGCAGAGAAGACACAGACCAUGUCACAGAAUAUCUCAGACACAGUGCCGCACCUGGAGAAAGCCUUGAAAACAAUGACACCAGAAAAAAUUGCCACGGACAUGGACAAAUUCGAGAAGAUAUUCGACGAUCGUACUAUUGAAAAUUCAAAAUUUAUUUUGAAAUCGAAUCUUUUUGAAGAGAGUGGGUUAUCUGCCGUAGAUUCUAGUAGAUCUAGCUACGAGAAAGAUUAGCAUUAGAAAGAGUCCUUAUGCUGGUCCUCUUGUUAAACACCGUCUAGUCCAUUCAUCAUCAUCAGAUUGUUUUUUAUCCGUUGUAAAAAGAAUAACUUAACUUUGGUCUUCCUCGGUCUAUCUCAUUAUGCAUCCACAUCUACUGUUUAGCAGAAUCUUACUUCAAUACUUCAAACUUCCCUUCUCAAAUUACACAGUCGACGUCCGGAUGAAUUACAUUACGAACGCGGUGGACAACACAACAGCGAACGCAACGCCAGGGAACGAGGUAAAAAUAGUCUACAACACGCUUCUUCAAAUAAUAAUCAGCUGUUAUCGUGGUCCUUCAUUUAUCACAUCUUUGUCUCUUUUUCAAAUCCACUCUCUGCCAAAGAAAGUAGAAGUACUCAGAUCCGCCCUCAAGCAGAAAAAAUGAACCCCCAACAGCACUUCGCCCGCACAUCCUCAUCCACUAUGUAGAAGAAUACUUCCACUGCUCCACACGAACCGCCCCACUCCACUCCACUCCCCCACCACCCCACUCCAAAGGUCGACAAUUUGAUCGAGCAAGUGGCAGACGAGCACGAUUUGAAUGUGAGGCAUUUGCUAAAGAACGAUGGAAUCACAGACCCUCUUCGCCAGCCCUUGGCACAGCCAGCUGCAACGUCGAAAGACGGCGUCGGCGAAGACCUCGAAAGCAGACUCGCGGCGUUGCGAAGCUGAGCUACUUGUGACUGAUCUCAUGAUGUUGAAAAGGCAGCUGUGCAGAUGUUGAGUUUGACAACUAAUGAUAUGUGACGAGCCAGCUCAGUCGUCACGCUAGGAUAUUAUCUAAAGACCAUAUCUUUUGAGGUGGUAUAGCCUCCUGUCACAUCAUGAUGGUCAUUAUCAUUAUCUAAAUUUUAUGAUCAUCGGAUCACGAUCUGGAUCUGGAAAAGCAGAAGCCGCAGUGUCUCCAGGAAAGCGACACGGACACCACACAACGAGAAAAAUUUGAUGAAAGUGUUCAAAAUUAUCGGUCCUAUGUGUUGUGAAGGAUAAGCAUAAGUGGCAGACGUACAACUUGUCGUAAGUAUAAUUCAGUAUAAGUAAGAAAUGAGCGAAGACGAGCAGCGAAAUGUAC